AUUUGUAUUUAUCUUAUUUUCAGUAGAUUAUAAAGUUUAUUUUCUUUUAUUUAUUAUUGUUAUUAUGAGAGCAAACUAUCAUCAAAGUCAAAAGCCUGAGGCAGCUUUGCAACGAGCUCAUGAAUUUAUUUCUGUUGGGAAACAACGAGAUGCGCUUCAAUCACUUCAUGAUUUAAUCAAGAAGCAAUGGUCACAAAUACAAGAACAAAUUAUGCUUAAGUAUGUCGAACUUUGCGUUAAUUUGCGUAACUCUACAGUAGCAAAAGAUGGACUUUAUCAAUAUAAGAUAUUGACUCAACAGGUUGCUGUAAAGUCGCUUGUGACUGUCUUAUCAGCUUUGCUUACUCUUGCUGAGAAAAAAACCUUAGAGGCACGAAAAUCUUCCAUUGAAAAGAUGGAAGAGAUUGAUGAUCUUGAUGUUGCGGAUACGCCAGAGAAUUUGUUAUUGUCGGUUGUGUCUGGUGCUGUCCCACAAGAUCGAAUGGACCGCACAGUUCUCAGUCCUUGGCUUCGUUUUCAAUGGGAUACUUUUCGCAAUUGUCUCGAUUUGUUGCGUAAUAAUAUUUAUGUUGAACAGAUUUAUCAUCAAAUUGCUCGUCAGUCUUUUGCUUUUUGUCUUCAAUACCAGCGACGAAAUGAAUUUCGUAAACUUUCGGAUAUGUUACGCCUUCAUCUUACACAAGUACAAAAAGCUCAACAGGCGCAAACAAUUCCAGCUCACGCGAUUAAAUUGACAAAUAUCGACUCGUUGACUCUUAUGUUGGAAACUCGUUUGUGCCAAUUAGACACUGCAAUAAAUAUGGAAUUAUGGCAAGAAGCCUAUAAAACUGCUGAAGAUCUUCAUAAUUUAAUGCAAAUUGGAAAGGAUAAGAAAAUCGCCAAGCCUUCUAGUUAUGCUAAUUAUUAUGACAAGGUUGUUAUAAACUUGAUCUUUUAA